GACACCAUCUUCUUCCUCACAGAAACAAUGCUUCCAACUAAAAAAUUGGUUUCACACAUUCUUUUAUGCAGUUAGGUUCUUUAAUGGAGGUCCUCACUACACACCCUCAAAAAAACCCUAAAAACAGAAAAAAAUAAAAAGGAACAAAAAUAGCCCUUAAAAGUUUAGCUCUUUGAAGUUUUCUUUGGAAAAAUUCCUUCUCCCUGAUUGUUUCUUUACAUCAAAACUCAUCCUUGAUUACUCAAAUUUUCAGCCACAUUUAUUGAAGGAGGUAAUUUUUGGGUUCAGAUUCUGUUGUUGAUGGAGAGCAAUGAAGGAGGGGAUGAUCAAGAAGGUUCUGAAUGGAUGCAAGUGAAAAAGAAGCACAGAAACAGUUCAAAGUUUUCGCUGCAUGGUUGGGUUGGAGGAUCAUCUCAAGGAAUUGCUUCGGGCCAUCCAGACAGUCAGCUUUCAUUGACUGUAAAGAAGGAGGAUUUUAAAUCGGCUGUUCUGCAUUCAACAGGAAGUCGCCCUUGUAUUAUACAUGAUGGCGAAACGUCCGUUCCGAAGGAAGAUGCAGUGAUUGUCCAUGAUAAAUGUGUAGUCAGUGAUGGUAGUACUUCUGUUAGUUUAGGUUUUUCAACAGAUUCUAAUCAAGGAAUCUGUCAGGAACAUCCUCGAAGAAUUAACCAUGAGAUCCUAUCAAAAAUCAAGUGGGGUGACUUGGAUGAUAGAGCUCUACCAUCUCAUUUUGGAAGUACUGUCCAAGGAGAAAUUAAGUUUGGUGACAUUCAAAAUCAUGAUCUGCUUAGUAGAAGAACUGAUCAAACAAAUGAUUCUUUUGCACACACUUCUACAACUGAUCGAGAGCAAAAUAGAUUGGUUGCAACCACUGAGGAUGAAAACCAUCAAAUUCUCGGCUCUCAUACUUUGUCUCCAAAUAUGAAGGAAUUAUCUUCAGAAGAUGUUAAUGCUACUGCUGCUUAUACCCAGCUUGAAAAAGGUGACACUUGCACGAGUCCUGGCAAAAAGGUUAAAUGUGCUGCCAGAGAAGGGCCUAGUGGGGUAGGUAUGCCCAAUGUCGAAUGUGACAAAGCUUGCAUGGAAAUCCCUGAAGUGCCUAGUCUUGAACAGAAUAUAAAAACAGUGGUAGUUUCCCAGGAUCCAGAGUCACUAUCACCUACUAAGGGAGGAUCAGGAAACGUUGGGCAGUCCUUUCUGGCGUCUUCUAAUGAAGAUUUUAGGAACAAACGAGUUAAUUCAAUCAUUGAGGAUUUAUCAAAAACUAAUUCGAGCAGUAUUGAUGCUGAAGACAGUGGUGAAAGUAAAGAAAGGUUCAGGCAACGCCUCUGGUGCUUUCUCUUUGAGAAUCUUAAUCGGGCAGUAGAUGAACUCUACCUACUCUGUGAACUGGAAUGUGACCUGGAGCAAACAAAAGAAUCUAUUCUUGUUCUUGAUGAAGCUACAUCUGAUUUUAAAGAAUUGAGCUCAAGAGUGGAGGAAUUUGAGAGACUGAAAAAAUCCAGUUCUCAUGCGACUGAUGGAACACCUUUUACCAUGAAGUCUAACCAUCGCAGACCACAUGCUCUCUCAUGGGAGGUGCGCCGGAUGACAACUUCACCGCACAGGGCAGAAAUACUGGCUUCAUCUCUGGAGGCUUUUCGAAAAAUUCAACAUGAAAGAGCUAGUUUGUCAGCUACAGGUGUGGAGAAAAUGGGCCCUAAUUGUUAUGAUCAUCAUUGUGGAAGUACUAGUGUUUUGGAGACCUUUAAUGAGAAAGGUGCCAAAAAAAGCUGUUCAAAUGAAUCAUUAGAGAGGAGUAGGAAGCAGAGUAAUGCGUUAAAUCCUUCUCAUGGAAAUUUGAGUAGAGAGAAGAGGCAUGUUGACUCGGGAAGGUCUGCUUCUCAUGCAUCUAGAUUAGCUUCUAAGGAGGGGGUUUCCACAUCUGUCAAUGGAAAGAACAAGAGAGAUAAUGAGAAAAAUCUAAAGCCUAUAGAUCACUUGAAAAGACAUUAUGACAGAGACAAGGAAAAGCGAAAUGGAAGCUCCUGGAGAUCAAUGGAUGCUUGGAAGGAGAAGAGGAACUGGGAAGAUGUACUCUCCACACCACACCGAGUUUCAUCUCGCUUCUCAUAUUCACCUGGCUUAAGUAGAAGAAGUGCAGAGCGUGCACGCACUUUGCACGACAAACUCAUGUCUCCUGAGAAAAAGAAGAAGUCAGCUAUUGACUUAAAAAAAGAAGCGGAAGAGAAACAUGCACGUGCAAUGAGAAUUAGAACUGAACUUGAGACAGAGAGAGUUCAAAAACUUCAGCGAACAUCUGAAAAGCUAAACCGUGUAAGUGAAUGGCAAACCGUGCGUAGUAUGAAAUUGCGAGAAGUGAUGUACGCUAGGCACCAGCGUAGUGAAUCCCGCCAUGAAGCUCACCUAGCUGAAGUAGUAAGAAGGGCGGGUGAUGAAAGCAUAAAAGUAAAUGAAGUUCGAUUCAUUACUUCACUCAAUGAAGAGAACAAAAAGCUCAUCUUGCGCCAGAAACUCCAUGAUUCUGAGUUGAGGAGGGCUGAGAAACUUCAAGUGCUGAAAACUAAACAAAAAGAAGAUAUGGCAAGGGAAGAAGCUGUCUUGGAACGCAAGAAACUAAUUGAAGCAGAAAAGUUGCAGCGCCUUGCAGAGACACAAAGGAAAAAGGAAGAGGCACAAGUAAGAAGGGAAGAGGAGCGUAAAGCAUCAAGUGCCGCACGCGAAGCGAAGACGAUGGAACAGAUGCGGAGAAAGGAGGUUCGAGCCAAAGCCCAACAGGAGGAAGCUGAACUCCUGGCCCAGAAGUUAGCUGAAAGACUCAGAGAAAGUGAACAGCGUCGUAAAAUUUAUCUGGAGCAAAUACGGGAAAGAGCUUCAAUGGAUUUCAGAGAUCAGUCUUCACCAUUAUUUCGUCGUUCUGUGGCUAAGGAGGGUCAAGGUAGAGCUACACCGAUCAAUAACUGUGAGGAUAAUAACGAAAGCAAUGGCUUUGCUCCUGAAGGCUCGAUGCUUGCUACUGGCCACAUCACUACUCAGCAUUCGUUAAAACGAAGGAUCAAAAAAAUCCGCCAACGACUUAUGGCAUUGAAGUAUGAUUGUCCUGAACCUUCAAUCAGUACAGAAAAUGCAGGUUUUGUAUAUCGAACUGCAGUGGCAACUGCAAGGGCGAAAAUUGCGAAGUGGCUUCAAGAACUUCAAAGACUUCGCCAAGCAAGAAAAGAAGGGGCUGCGAGCUUUGGACUAAUAACAGCUGAAAUAAUUAAGUUUUUGGAGGGAAGGGAUGCUGAGCUGCAGGCUUCUCGUCAAGCUGGUCUGGUUGAUUUUAUUGCUUCUGCACUUCCCGCAUCUCACACAUCAAAACCAGAAAGCUGCCAGGUUACAGUCUGCCUUUUAAGGCUUCUGAAAGUUGUACUUUCCGUGGCUGCGAACAAGUCUUAUUUUCUUGCUCAAAAUCUACUGCCCCCCAUCAUCCCCAUGUUGGCGGCAGCUCUUGAAACCUACAUCAAAAUUGCAGCCUCAUCAAAUGGCUCUGCUUCUGCCAACCUGGUCACAUGUAAGGCAUCAACUGAAAGGUUGGAGUUAAUGUCUGAAGUUCUGGAUGGUUUCCUUUGGACAGCAGCAGCAAUUAUUGGUCAUACAAGUACGGAUGAACGUGCCCUUCAACUGCAAGAUGGUUUAAUAGAGCUUGUUAUUGCAUAUCAAGUUAUUCACAGGUUACGGGAUCUUUUUGCACUUUAUGAUAGACCACCUGUAGAAGGUUCUCCUUUCCCUUCAUCAAUUCUUCUUGGUGUAAAUCUGUUGGCGGUUCUUACAUUCAGAUUCAGAAAUGCGUCUUCAUUAACAUGUAAAAACUUUCCUAGUGUAUCAACUCAUAUAAAUGAAAAGAAUGACAUUGAACUUGCUGAAGCUGGGGACUUGAAGUCUUCUUCUCCUUUGUGUAAUUCCCGAAAUGAUGGUAAAUUGGUAUUUCCUGAAGUAAAUGGAGGUGUAGCCUUGUGUUUGCCGGAUGUACCGGAGGAUAGCCCUCUGGAUGAAUUCCCUAAAAUAAAAGAACAUCAGGGUGCAGUUGUAAAUGAUCUGAGCUCUGACAAAGUUGACUCAGUUGCUGCUAGGAUGGAAACUGCAAAUGUACUGCAGGAAUCUACAAGCAACAUGACGUACAAUAAUCUUCAGACAGACGAGAAGCAAUCUCAAGAUAAUAAUAAAGGUCAUAUUGGUGGAAAUGAGUCAGUGAUGAAGCCGGCUGUGAAGUUUCUUCUUUCUGCUAUAUCUGAGACUGGCUUAGUUUGUCUUCCAUCCAUGUUGACAGCUGUAUUAUUACAGGCUAAUAAUAGAUGUUCUGAACAGCAGGCCUCCUAUGUCCUUCCAUCUAAUUUUGAAGAAGUCGCAACUGGUGUAUUGAAGGUGUUGAACAAUUUAGCAUUAAUUGACAUAUCUUUUAUCCAGAAGAUGCUAGCCCGACCAGAUCUGAAAAUGGAAUUUUUUCACUUGAUGAGUUUUCUUCUCUCUUAUUGCACAAGCAAGUGGGGCACAGCAACUGACCAGAUCGGUUUGCUGCUGCUAGAAUCAUUGCCGCUUCUUGGUUAUUUUUCAUUGUUCCAUCCUGAAAACCAAGCUGUUCUUCGAUGGGGAAAGAGCCCUACUAUUCUUCACAAGGUAUGCGACCUUCCUUUCAUGUUCUUUAGUGAUCCUGAGUUAAUGCCAGUCUUGGCGGGUACCAUGGUUGCUGCCUGCUUUGGAUGUGAGCAGAACAAGGAUGUCAUUCAGCAAGAACUAAGCACCGAUAUGCUCCUUGCUUUGCUGAAAGCUUGUAGAAGUAGUCUUCCCUCUGCUAAUUCUUUUACCGUACCUAAUAAUCCAUCACUAGAUGAGGCUGGUGCAUCUGCUCAGCUGGGUUCUGAUACUAAAAACCUUCAAGUUGAUCUCCCACUUAAGUCAAACCGCAACAGUCAACGCAAUCCCCGAUUCCUUUCCCAGAGAGGCAGUACAUUGCCGAGUACUAGAACUGCCAGGAACCGAAGCUUAAGAGAGAACAAAGUGGUAAAGCCUUGUGAAGGCAAGAGUCUGAAGAGCAACUCACCUGUGCCAGAGAGCACUGCCGCAUGGAUGUUGCACUCUAGACUAUCUACUGACGUACUUGAUAAAGCAGAAGAGUUUUUUGCUGCAAUCACUUGCAAUGAGAAUGGAGAAUUAUGAAUUUACUUACUGUAUAGCUUUAAGGUGUAUCCAUUUUUUUUAGUGCUUAAUGCCAAAUAAGCAUGGUAUAUGACACUGUAAUCUUCUUUACCGUGAGAUACUACAGGUUAUUCAUUCGGAACUGCUAAAAAAGAACUAAAAAUUGAGGAUGUAGAUUCCUUUAAGCACUAAUAAGACUACUGCAGCAGCUGUUGCUUGAUUUUA